AUGGGGCUCCUGGGGCUCCUGAGCUUGCUGCACUCGGCCUUCUUCGGGGACCAGGUGCUGCAGGAGCUAAAGAUGACGAGCUCCGUGGCACCCUACGAACAGCUGGUUCGGCAAGUGGAAGCCUUGAAGGCCGAGAACAGUCACCUGAGGCAGGAGCUUCGAGACAACUCAAGCCACCUGUCCAAGCUGGAGACCGAGACAUCUGGCAUGAAGGAGGUACUGAAGCACUUACAGGGGAAGCUGGAGCAGGAGGCCCGAGUGCUGGUGUCCUCAGGGCAGACGGAUGUGCUGGAUCAACUGAAAGCCCUGCAGAUGGACAUCACCAGCCUGUACAACCUCAAGUUCCAGCCUCCAGCCCUGGGCCCUGAGCCUGCUGCCCGGACCCCUGAGGGAAGCCCAGUACAUGGCUCCGGGACUUCCAAGGACAGCUUUGGGGAAUUGAGCCGGGCCACCAUCCGGCUGCUGGAGGAACUGGACAGAGAACGGUGUUUCCUGUUGAAUGAGAUUGAGAAGGAGGAAAAGGAGAAGCUCUGGUACUACUCCCAGCUGCAGGGCCUGUCCAAGCGCCUGGAGGAGCUCCCGCACGUGGAGACGUUCUCCAUGCAGAUGGACCUGAUCCGGCAGCAGCUGGAGUUUGAGUCCCAGCACAUCCGGACGCUGAUGGAAGAGCGCUUUGGCACCUCCGACGAGAUGGUGCAGCGGGCGCAGAUCCGUGCUUCUCGCCUGGAGCAAAUCGACAAGGAGCUGCUGUCUGCGCAGGAUCGGGUGCAGCAGACUGAGCCCCAGGCCCUGCUGGCAGUAAAGUCGGUGCCAGUGGACGAGGACCCUGACACCAAGGUCCCUGUGCACCCUGAGGAUGGUGCCCCUCAGCCAGGCAACAGCAAGGUGGAGGUGGUGUUCUGGCUGCUGUCAAUGCUGGCGACACGGGACCAGGAGGACACAGCACGCACGCUACUCGCCAUGUCCAGUUCUCCUGAGAGCUGCGUGGCCAUGCGCCGCUCCGGCUGCCUGCCACUGCUGCUGCAGAUCUUGCACGGCACAGAGGCCGGGGCUGGGGGUCGCAACGGGACCCCCGGGGUGCCCGGAGCCAAGGACGCACGCAUGCGUGCCAACGCAGCUCUGCACAACAUUGUCUUCUCCCAGCCAGACCAGGGCCUGGCGCGCAAGGAAAUGCGUGUCCUGCACGUGCUGGAGCAGAUCCGAGCUUACUGUGAGACCUGCUGGGAUUGGCUGCAGGCGCAGGACAGCAUCACCAAGGGAGGCGGGGUGGGCAGCGCCCCAGUCCCCAUUGAGCCACAGAUCUGCCAGGCCACCUGUGCGGUGAUGAAGCUGUCCUUUGAUGAGGAAUAUCGCCGUGCCAUGAAUGAGCUGGGUGGGCUGCAGGCUGUGGCAGACCUACUGCAGGUGGAUUAUGAGAUGCACAAGAUGACCCAGGACCCACUCAACCUUGCCCUACGCAGAUACGCUGGCAUGACCCUCACCAACCUCACCUUUGGGGACGUCGCCAACAAGGCCACACUGUGUGCCCGGCGUGGCAGCAUGGAGGCCAUCGUGGCCCAACUGGCUUCUGACAGCGAGGAUCUUCACCAGGUGGUGUCCAGCAUCUUGCGCAACCUGUCCUGGCGGGCCGACAUCAACAGCAAGAAGGUCCUGAGGGAGGUCGGCAGCAUGACCGCCCUGAUGCAGUGCGUCCUCCGAGCCUCCAAGGAGUCCACCCUGAAGAGCGUGCUCAGUGCCCUGUGGAACCUCUCGGCGCACAGCACGGAGAACAAGGCAGCCAUCUGCCAAGUGGACGGCGCCCUGGGCUUCCUAGUGAGCACGCUGACCUACAAGUGCCAGAGCAACUCGCUGGCCAUCAUCGAGAGCGGCGGAGGCAUCCUGCGCAACGUGUCCAGCCUCAUCGCCACCCGAGAGGACUACAGGCAGGUGUUGCGGGACCACAACUGCCUGCAGACUCUGCUGCAGCACCUGACAUCACACAGCCUGACCAUUGUGAGCAACGCCUGUGGCACCCUCUGGAACCUGUCCGCCCGCAGCCCACGGGACCAGGAGCUGCUGUGGGACCUGGGCGCCGUGGCCAUGCUGCGCAACCUGGUGCACUCCAAACACAAGAUGAUUGCCAUGGGCAGUGCCGCUGCCCUGCGCAACCUGCUGGCUCACCGGCCUGCCAAGUACCAGGCAGCAGCCACGGCCAUCUCCCCCAGUGCCUGUGUGCCCAGCCUGUACGUGCGCAAGCAGCGGGCCCUGGAGGCCGAGCUGGACGCGCGGCACCUGGCCCAGACGCUGGACCACCUGGAGAAGCAGGACCUGCCCGAGGCCGAGGCCGCCUCCAAGAAGCCGCUGCCGCCCCUGCGGCACCUGGACGGGCUGGCCCAGGAUUAUGCCUCAGACUCGGGCUGCUUCGACGAUGAUGAUGUGCCCUCCCUGGCCGCGGUGGCCGCCACCGCCGAGCCUGCCGGUCCUACUGUGCUGUCCCUCUUUCUGGGCAGCAACUUCCCGCAGGGCCAGGCACUGGCCCGGGCCCCACCUGCCCAUCGCGGUGGCCCAGAGGUGGAGAAGGAGGCCGGUGGGGAGGCAGCCUUGGCAGCCAGGGCCAAGGCCAAGCUGGCACUGGCAGUGGCUCGGAUCGACCGGCUGGUGGAGGACAUCUCGGCCCUGCACACAUCAUCUGAUGACAGCUUCAGCCUCAGCUCUGGGGACCCGGGGCAGGAGGCACUGCGGGAGGGCCGAGCCCAGUCCUGCUCUCCUUGCCGGGGGCCUAAGGGUAGGCAGCGGGAGGCCAGUGGCCGAGGUCACCCCUUGUUGCGGCUCAAGGUAGCCCAUGCCAGCCUCUCCAAUGACAGCCUUAACAGUGGUAGCACGAGUGAUGGGCACUGUCCCCGUGACCCCAUAAGGCCCUGCCCGCUGACCUCAUUGGCCAAGCGCCGAGAAGGGCUCCCCUGUGGCCAGGCACGGCCCAACCAACUUGAUCUCAACCUGCUGGGUGGCCAGGCUAAGCCGGCAGCCCGGGAAGCUGCAGCCACCAACGCCUGUGUGCGCACCAUCAAGCUGUCACCUACCUAUCAGCACGUGCCACUGCUCAAGGACACUGCCAGGGCUGGUGCGGGGCUCCCGGUCCCUGGCACCCGGAAGCAUGCCUGGCUGUCUGCAGAGGGCCUGAACAAGGUUCCUGAGAAGCUGGUGGCGGAGGCGGCACCACUCUGCCUGUCCCAUUGUAGCUCCCUGUCCUCACUGUCCUCGGCUGGCCACCCGGGACCCAGCGAGGCAGGGGACCUGGAUGACAGUGACUCGUCCCUGGAGGGGCUGGAGGAGGCUGGCCCCAGCGAGGCGGAGCUGGACGGGGCCUGGCAUGGGCCAGGGGCUGCCUCCCUGCCCAUGACCAUCCCUGUGCCCCCUCGGGGCCGGAGCCUGGGCGUGGAGGACACCACACCAUCCAGCUCCUCAGAGAACUGUGUGCAGGAGACACCACUGGUGCUCAGCCGCUGCAGCUCGGUGAGCUCACUGGGCAGCUUUGAGAGCCCAUCCAUUGCCAGCUCCAUCCCCAGUGACCCCUGCAGUGGGCUGGGCAGUGGCACAGUCAGCCCCAGCGAGCUGCCCGACAGCCCUGGGCAGACCAUGCCACCGAGCCGCAGCAAGACGCCACCCCUGGCGCCCCCACCUCCUGGUGAGCAUGAAACCACCCAUUUCAGCCUGCAGUGGGAAAGCUACGUGAAGCGCUUCUUGGACAUCGCCGACUGCCGAGAGCGCUGCUGGCUGCCCUCCGAGCUGGACGCCGGCAGUGUGCGCUUCACCGUGGAGAAGCCAGAUGAGAACUUCUCCUGUGCCUCCAGCCUGAGCGCACUGGCCCUGCACGAGCACUAUGUGCAGAAGGAUGUCGAACUGCGGCUGCUGCCUCCAGCCUGCCCUGAACUUGGCGGGGGUGGUGGCCCUGGCCAGCACUUAGCUGGGCACUGCUGUCGAGAUGAGGCCAGUGGUCGCCUUGAAGGACCGCCUGCCACCAACCAGGAGCUGGAGCUGCUGCGGGACUGCCUGGGCGCAGCCGUGCCCACCCGGCUCCGCAAGGUGGCCUCGGCACUGGUGCCCAGCCGCUGCGCACUUCCCAUGCCCGUCUACAUGCUGGUGCCCACCCCGGCCCGGGAGGGCAGCUCAUGCACUGACUUGGCCGAGGGCACGCAGGUCAAUUUUGGUGUGGCCUCACUCGGCGAUGAGACACUGCAGGCAUCUCCCAGGGACCCACCUGGUGGGUGUGGGGACAGGCAGAAGCCAGCAGGCCCAGAGGGUCCUGCCAGGCAGGCCACUGGGCGCCGGCACAGGGCUGGGGGUGCAGGCCGCAGAACGGAGCCAGUCCGAGGGCUGGUCAGGAACAGGGCAGGGCUGGAGCUGCCCCUCCGAAAGCCCCCGAGAGCUUGUGCAGAGAAGAAAAGCCCCCAAUUGGGCCGAGCUCAUGGGGAGGGGGCACUGCAGUCCCUAUGCCUCACCACGCCUACUGAGGAGGCUGUGUACUGCUUCUACAGCAACGGCUCAGACGAGGAGCCGUCCACAGCGGCGGGGGUGACACCCUCCCGGUGGGCAUCUGCUACGCCCCAGACAGCGAAGAGGGAGCGCCUGGCUGGCAAGAAGAAGGCACAGACUGUACUCAAGGCCACAAUGCCCACCCGGGCCCAGCCUAGCCUCAUUGCUGACGAGACGCCACCAUGUUACUCCCUGAGCUCCUCCACCAGCUCCCUCAGCGAGCCUGAGCCUGAGCCUGAGCCUGAGGCUGGCAGGCCCCGUGCCCAUGAACCAGUGGUCACCAAGGACCGGAGCCCUGGCGGUGGGAAUGAUGGCCGUCCCAGUUCUCAGGCCAAAGCGGAGAUGCUGAGGCGCUGCGUUGGCUCAGCCAUGCCCAGGCGCCGCCCACAGGUGUCAGAUCCAAGGCGUCGCAAGCCCCGCGAUGCCCGGCUGGACAAGCGAUCGGAGGGGCCGCGGGAGCGUGGCGAGGAGGCAGCAGGGUCCGACCACGCCUCGGAUCUGGACAGCGUCGAGUGGCGCGCCAUCCAGGAGGGCGCCAACUCCAUCGUCACCUGGCUGCACCAGGCCGCAGCAGCCGCCACUCAGGAGGCCUCGUCUGAGUCUGACUCUCUCUUGUCCUUCACGUCAGGGCUGUCCGUGGGCUCCACUCUACAGCCCUCUCUACACAGGAAAGGGCGGCCGCCACGAGCAAAGGGACAAGCGAGCAGUGCCCCCCGGCCAGAGAAACGGGAUGCGACCCUGGCCCAGCACAGCAGCAGCUCCUGCGUGCCCAUUGGCCCAGAGAAGCUGCGCGGUGCCCCAAAGGCCGCACCCGGGAUGCCAGCUAUGCUUCGAGGAAGAACAGUGAUCUACAUGCCCAGCUCAGCCACCCGAUCUCAGCCCAAAGGCACCUCUGGCCCCCACACCACACCCAGGAAGAUGGGACCCCUGAGCCCCACACAGCCAGCAGCUCCCACCAAAGCCCUGGGCCCUGGGCAGCAGCGGUCUCGAAGCCUGCACAGGCCUGGCAAGAUCUCAGAGCUUGCAGCCCUGAGCCCCCUCCAGAGGAGUGCCACGCCACCGGCCCGCCUCACGAAGACCCCCUCAUCCAGCUCCUCCCAGACCUCCCCUGCCUCCCAGCCCCUGCCCAGGAGGCCGCUCCCGGCUGCCCAUGUUUCGGGGCCCCUGCCCGGCCCCGGGGCCUCACUGGUGUCCAAGACACCCACGCGGGCCCUGCUGGCCAAGCAGCACAAGACACAGAAGUCACCUGUGCGGAUCCCCUUCAUGCAGAAGCCCACCAAGCGGGUGCCACCAUCCCCGGCCAGGGCAGCCCCAGAGCCAGGCUCCAGGGGUCGGGUGGUAUCCAAGGGGUGCCCGAGUGCCCGAGGGGGCCGCCUGGGCCUGGUGCGCAUGGCCUCGGCCCAGUCCAGUGGCAGCGAGUCCUCCAACCGCUCAGGUUUCCAGCGGCAGCUGACCUUCAUCAAGGAAUCACCAGGCCUGCUGCACCGACGUCGUUUGGAGCUGUCCACAGCCAAAGCCGCCCCCUCCGCCUCCCAGGGUGGCUCACCCCGCCGUGGCGGGCCUGCGCUGCCCACCGUCUUUCUCUGUUCCUCCCGCUGCAAGGAACUGCGGGCACCCUCCCCACAGGCCCAGAUCCCCCAGCAGCCCCCCACAGCGCGGCCAGGCCCUGGUAAGCGGCCACCAAGGCGCACCAGCUCAGAGAGCCCGUCGCGUCUGCCCAUCCGCAAGCAGGCCACCCAGCCUGAGGCCGUCAAGCGCUAUGCCUCUCUGCCCCACAUCAGCACGGCCCCAAAGCCGGAGGGCGCUGCCCCUAGUCCCGCCUCGGACCCCGCACGCCGCAGCAGCGACGGAGAGGCCCGGCCCCUACCCAGGGUGGCCUCGCCGUGCACCACUUGGCGUCGCAUCCGGGAUGAGGACGUGCCACACAUCCUGCGGAGCACACUGCCCUCUACCGCCCUGCCGCUCAUGGGCACCUCGUCAGAGGAGUGCCCAGGCAGUCCCCUGCAGCGCAAGACCAGUGAUGCUGUGGUCCAGACAGAGGAUUUUGCUGCCACCAAGACCAACUCCAGCACAUCCCCAAGCUUGGAGAGCAGGGGGCCUCCCCAGGCCCUGGCCAGCGGACCGACAUCCCUUCUCGGCAGCGACGUGGAUAAGCCUGGUCCCGCCAAGGCACCCACCUCGGCCCCCUUCACCCAUGAGAGCCUAGGAGUGGCUGGGGGGGGCUUUGCUGCCAGCCGGCAUGGCUCCCCCAGCCGCUCGGCCCGAGUGCCCCCCUUCAACUAUGUGCCCAGCCCCAUGGUAGCGGCCACCACCACUGACUCAGCUGUGGAGAAAGCCCCCGUGCCCGCUGACCUCCUAGAAUAG